GUUUCCUUUCGUGCCAGUGAUCCCGCGGUAAUCUUAUGAUUCGACGACAAGAAUUUUGCCGUAAAAAAAACAUCUUGGCUCGAAAUUCUAUGUGUUUUGCGGGUGGAACUCGGUUGUAAACAAGUUCGAAAGGGGAAAAUUUGAAAAACAAUUAGAACCGUGGUAUUUUUUUAAGUGAUCCACACGUAUAUAUCACACAACGAAAUGAAGUAGAGUUAGUAAAGUGCCGCCUGGUAAACGUAAUCAGAGCUAUAGGAAUCGCGAUCGAUCGAUCGAUGGUCUUCGACACAAAGUAGUUAAAAGGCAGUUCGAAUUCUCGCGUUGUCGGAGAUCGCCGGAUCUUUAACGAGGUCGAUCGUGAGGUCGACAAACUCACGGAGACAAUUACUUACGUCGCGCGAGGUGGAAAGAUCAGUUAAUUAGCGACCGCAUGAUCUUCCGGGAUGUUUUACUGCGAUCAGCGGUGGCUGGAGUGAAAGUAAAUCCGGCGACUCGAUUCACCCGCAGUGCAAUUAGCGCUUCAGUGCCUAUAAGAAUCCAGCCAAGUGACCCGUUAUCGUUAUCGUGAAAGUUAUCGUGAUCCAUUCACCUCCCACUCUCGAGGUCGCUCUGUAUUGCAUAGAGCUUUUAAUAAGUGAUAACUGUGAAACGCGUUCUUGUCUCUUGUAGAAACUUACUCUUUGACUAUUACUUUUUAUUGUCUUUCUUUUCGAAGACCUUUUCGCAGCUGAACAUCGACAAUUGAGAGACUAAUAUUCAACGAAAAUGACCGUGGUUAUGGAGAGAACAAACACCAUUGUUACAUGGCCAUCAAGACUGAAAAUCGGGGCAAAGUCGAAGAAAGAUCCGCAUAUAAAAGUCGCAGGACGACUAGAUGAUGUGCGAUCAGCAAAGGAGAAGAUAAUGGAAGUUUUAGACACACGGCAAAGUAACAGAGUAACCAUGAAGCUGGAUGUUAGUUACACCGAUCAUUCGCAUAUCAUCGGCAAAGGUGGUCUGACGAUUAAACGAGUGAUGGAGGAAACUGGUUGCCACAUCCAUUUCCCAGACAGCAAUCGCAGCAAUCACCAAGAUAAGAGCAAUCAGGUCUCCAUUGCUGGCGAGAUGGAGAGCGUCGAACGCGCUCGCGCUCGUGUUAGGAACCUGACGCCACUGAUCUUUUCCUUUGAGCUGCCUAUAAUGGGCGCUUCGCAGAGUAUGCCAGACUGCACUUCGCCGUACGUGGUGAAGAUACAAGAUAAGUUCAAUGUUCAGGUGAUGUUUCGUACAAGACCGAAGCUGCACGCUACCCUAGUAGUAGUCAAGGGAUGUGAGUGGGAAGUUUCUCAAGUCAAAGAAGCGACGCAACUACUGAUUCGUCAUAUGUGCAAAAAUUUAGCUAGUCAAAUCCAAGUACAAAUGUCGAUGGAGAUCUCACCUCAACACCAUAGCAUCGUCUUAGGGAAACAGAGUAGCAAUUUGAAGAUGAUUAUGCAACGUACCGCCACGCAGAUUAUGUUUCCUGAUGCCGGCGAUCCGAAUAUACCCAGUCUCAAGAAAAGCAACGUUACUAUUACUGGAGAUAUACAUAAUGUAUAUUUGGCUAGACAACAAUUAGUAGGCUCGUUGCCACUGGUACUUAUGUUCGAUCUGCCAGAAGAUUCUAUGACUGCUUCGGUGGAUGCGGAAAAGAUCUCCCAGCUAAUGCAGUCUUUGGACGUAUUUAUCAACGUACGUCAUAAGCCGAAACAGAGUACGCUCUCUGUCAUUAUCAAGGGAAUCGAGAGGAAGGCGAGUAAUAUUUACCAGGCGCGGAAACAGUUGCUGGGACUGGACGAGCCCAUAGUAACCGCUGAAAUACCGGUUACUUAUCACAUUCCGAAUGCUGGCAACGUUUUCCAAGGCAGUUCCAAUAACGAUGGCUCCAACAACAACUUGAUUAGCGGCGUACAGGAAAACUUCUCGAGCAUAUUAAAUGUAAACACGCAAAAUUCGUCGUAUUGCGUAUCACCAAUUUCGCACUCACCGAAUUCUCUGGGUCUGUCGCCACACUGGGGCCUCACUCAUCAUUAUGUUUCGUCACUGUGUCCGUAUCCCUACUCUCAUAUAAAUCAUCUGCUGACGACACAACACAUGCUACACAACAACAUAAUGGGAACUUCUCACGGACCCCAUGGUUUAUCGAACCACGUGAUGCCUCCCGGUCCUCCCGGUAUUGGAGCAUUUCACCAUAACAAUGUACCGACCAACUUUUCCGGUAUCCACGGUCUGAACGCUAAUUCGUUGAUGGAUAGCAAAGAUGGUGGCAGUGCUUAUUCUUCGCUAAGUAGCGUUUCUAGUUCUUUAUCUAGUCCUGCCAUUAGUCCUCGUAACAUCUCACCAGUCAAUCCUACGGAUACUAAUACUAACUUAGCGGAUCUAUCUAGCAUGUUGUCCGAUUUACCGGUUACCGAUCGACGUGCACCUGGUUGUGAGAAAAAAUCGCUCGAGAUGGCUGCGCAACAGAAUCUCACGCCCUUCGAUUAUGAGCAGAAGAAACUGUUGGCUACAAAGGCAAUGCAGAAUAAAUCAAGCACCAACGAUUUCCGCGUACCAACGUCCGCUUGGUCUGGUUAUGGUCUUAGCCAAAGUAUUCCGCCAAUAACUACGAGUGACUUAAGCAAGGAGCUGACGCCACAUCCUUCAGAUUUAUGGAAAGAACCGACCACGCCGGUGGUGUUCAGUACCGAGAUGGAUUUCGGUAGUAUUAUCUCGAGCAAGGACCGCGUUGGGCAGAUCGGGAUGGCCUCAAAUUAUAUGGAUCAUACGCCGACUUCCCAUUUGAAUAAAAUUACAUCAUCCCAUCGUUUCAAUGAUCUGGGCAGUAUGCUGACCAGUAUCGGCUUGGAGAAAUAUAUACGCCUGUUCACGUCUCACGAGGUGGACAUGGCCACGUUUCCUUCCUUGACAGAGAAGGACCUUUGUGAAAUUGGAAUUACCGCUUGGGGUGCGAGGCGCAAAAUAAUGCUAUUAAUAUCUGAAAUGAACAAACGAACUAGUCCGUUCUCUGGAAGUGCUGCGCCCGGCGCUGAACGGAAGGCAUCCUCGUCGUCGGCGCCAACGUCGUCGAUUGGCAAGUGUAAUUUGGACACUAAAUGGUAAAAGAAAAAUGAUCGUGUGUAUGUUAUCCGUUCCGAACGCAGUGGCGUGUCAGCACUAUCACGGUCCGAUUUCAAAGAUCCGUUGCACACCGAUUGUAAUUAUGGAAACAGAUAUACAUACGUACUUAAUAAUGCUGAUCGCGUGCGUAAUUGUGGGGACCAUUACGCCGUUAUACGGUCGUUCGGACGGAACAAACAUGGAUUUAUGGAAAACUAAAAAGGGCUAUGUCGGCUAUUCAACUCGUGAGAAUUCGACAGAUGCGGUACGAAUAGCCAAAUAGUUUGCAUGUUGAUGAUUUGAAGUUACUUAAGUAUCAGGAGAAAGUUAUUUUUGCCGAGAACUGGCUGUAUUAUUUUUUUUUUCCUCAUUUUUUUUCGCUGUUCUCGGCGCGCGGCCGAAAGGUGCCUUAGGAUUUAGGAUAGUCGUUAUUAUUUUCGCAGUCUUUGUUCGUUAGCUAAGAUGGACAUUCGCGUCGCUAUCGUUCCGUUUUUCUUAAUAAAUUUUUCUACAUGAAUACUAACGAUAUAAUCGAUUUCAAUUAAUAAAACAAACAAAACGCGUCAAUUGCGUGGCGAAAAAAAAAAUCAUGUGAAAUUAUAUUUAAAACUUUUGCGAAACGUCGACGCGGGUAUCCUCUUUAUUAUAUCGUGGUUCGCUUGAUGACCGGAUGAUCAGUGUGAGUGAAUGUGCGUAUGUGUGCAUGAAAUAUCGGGCAUAAAUGAUUCGAGUAAAAUCUAAAAAAAAAAAAAAAUCAAAAAGGAAUUCAAUUCACAUCAGCUAUUAGAAAUUUAUAAAAUAAAAUGCGAUGGGCGAGGGAUGUCCCGUGUGUUCAGCGGCCUUUCGUCCUAGCAGAAAUUUACAUAUAUUUAAUUCAGACUAAGCUCGAAUGCAACCGCGGGUCGACCAAAACUGUAUUCUUAAUUGAAAUUAUUUCUUAAUUCUUAAUCGAUCUUAAGCAAUUCGAUGCUAAUCAAUGAUUCAACGUCGCGCGACAACUAAAUGCAGUUGAGGGAGAUCUUGCAUAAGGUUGCGAUCUCGAGUUUUACAAAGUAAGUAUAAGUUGCAAAGUAUUUAUUAAUUAUUUCGCGAAAGACGCUGGACGCACGUCAAACAAUAGACCGCAAGAACUUUUCGUAUAAAGCAUGUGUUAAAGAUAGAAAGGUGUAAAACGAAUUCUAUAGCGCAAAUAUUCCAUGUAUCACUCUCCGCGUAACCGAUACUUUUCGAGGAGCCAGUCAGGAGUAUCAAUAUCAAAUUAUAUAAUAAUUCACGACGACGAUCGUCGUGUGAAUUAUAGAAUAGGAUCUUUGUUAAAUUAAUUCUAAACUUGGCAGAGUCAAAGG